AUGGAUCGCAUCGUCGCGCCCAAAGCUCGCAUAUCGCCCGCCUUCCGAGGCGUCGCGUCGCGCCCCGCCGCACGCCGCCCCCUCGCGGUCGCGUGCCGCCCCACCUCCGCAGCUUCAAAAAGCGGCCCGAAUCGCCGAGCGGCGGUGCUCUCCCUCCGCGGGUCAGGCCGCCUCGCGAACGUCGCGUUCGCCGCUUCCCGCGGUGACGAUGACUACUUCGACGAGGAGGAUGUGGACGAUUCCGCGGGGUUCGCGCUCGAGCCCGAGGACGAGCGCGUCGAGGAAAUGAUGGUGGACCCGUCGAUGUCCACCCCGGUCAUGGCCCCCGUCGAGCGCGAGGAGGAGGACCAGCGCAAGGUGCUCGGCGGUCCGGUGUGCGACGCCUUCUCCGCGCUCGUCCUCGAGAUGCGCGCGGGCGGUCACGGCAGCGUCGACGAGGCAUCCGUGGCGCAGGUCUCGUCGUGGUCCAACCCCGAGCCCUGGUCGUCCUUCGACGGCAUGGACGGCUACCAGGUCAAAUCGUGCCUGGGCGACGUGCGAAGGACGCUCAAGACGUACGCCAAGCUCUCCGCGGUUCCCGGAGCCCUCUCCGACCGACUCAUGGGCGCCGUGGGCGCCGCGUGGCUCACCACCGCGGGUAACGACAAGGACGCCGCCUUCGUCUGGGGCGGCGCCGAGAAACACGCGCAGCUCCUCAACGACGUCUGCGUGCACAAGGUGCUCUUCAGGGACGAGCCCGCGGAGGCUGGCAACCGCCUCGCCGCGGAUACGCUGAUGGUGCUCCAGGAUCUCGCCACCUCCAGGGUCCAGCUGUCGGAAGACGUGGAGACCGUGGCGCUCGCCGCGUGCGCUGCGUUCAGCGCGCAGCUCAACCACCUCAACGCCCUCGAUGAAGCCUGCCAAAAGCUUCACGCCGCGAGCCCGCCGCCCACCGCCGACGCCGUCGCCGCCGCCAAGCAGGGUAUUUACCGGCUGGGAGGCCGCAAGGGAUACGACAGGCUCGCCGAGGCGACGGGCAAUCGCGAUCAGCGACGCAACGACAGACGCGAGUCCCGGUUCGACCGCGGGGACAGGUUCGGCGACCGCCAGGGUCCCCCCGCUCGCGAGGGCGACUGGGACUGCGAGGAUUGCGGCUUCACCAACUUUGCCUACCGCUCCUCGUGCAAGCGAUGCGGCGCGGGCGGCGGCGGCGGCGGCGAGGGCGGCGGCGGGCCCAUUCGCAACGCUGAUCGCGGGUACGACCGCGGGUACGACCGCGGGGGAUACGGCGACCGCGGCUCGGCGCGAUCCUUCGAGCCCAGGCCAGGGGAUUGGUCGUGCCCGCAGUGUUCCUUCUCCAACUUUGCGUCGAGGAGUUAUUGCAAGCAGUGCGGCGAGUCGGCGCCGGGCGGCCGCGGCGGCGGCGGCGGCGGAUGGGACCAGGGCGGCGGCAGGGACGGCGGGUUUUACGGCGCGCGCGAGUCGCGCGGGAGCUCGGGCGUGAGGUCCUGGAACAGCGAGAGGGGCGAACGCGGCGGCGGGGGAGAUCGCGAUCGUCGCGGCGGUCGCGGUCGCGGGGGCGGGGGUCGGGGGCGCGACUCCUACGGCGGCUUCGGGGGCCGGGAGCGCUCCACUCCCGGUCGCGGCGGUCGAUACGACUACGACUCGCCCCAGUCCGACGCGGGCGGGUGGGACGACAGGGUCGGAUCGGACUUUGGCGGGUACUGA